AUGGUCGUGGGGGCACCUGGUCCAGCCCAUCUCUCGUGGAGGGUCCUGGCCCACACGCCAUUGAGGUGGGCUGACAUCGAGCCCUUGCUGGACAAGAACAUGAACCCCGCUGCCAAGGAAAAGGUCAAGAUGUUUUGUUCUCCAGAGAACAUCAAAGGGCUGUGUGCGAAGUUCGCUGACUUGGCGCUGCUGGGCUGA